AUUAAUAUUUUCUAAAUUGAAAAUGUCAACUUUUGAAAAUGAUGUUGCUGGAGAUCUGAUAAUCAGUAUGGUUCCGGAACAUGCCUGAAGGAGAAAACGAUAGGACAUUUAAUCGUAAAAAGAGUGAAAAAGGUGGUCGUUUUCGAAAGCUAGAAGAAAACGUGACAGAAUGUAUUUUUCGCCUUAUGGAUAGGAGAAAUUAAUGACCAAAAUACAAGGAUUGUGUAAUAGAUUUCACUGAUUAUUAAAAAUGGCAUUUCUACCAAACAAAAGCUCUGAAAAUCUAGUAGCUCUCCAGAAUGUACUUUACAUUGUCGAGGAAUCAAAGACGUCGGAUUUGCAUGACUUAAAUGAAAUCUUUGCAAAAGAUAGAAAACUUCCAUUUGUGCGGAAGAUGUAUUUAGCAGCCUUUACAUCUCUCCUAAUGGCUCUUGCCAUGGGACUUGCCACAGGAUAUUCUUCACCUGCUACUUAUGAUAUGACUACUCGCCCUGGAAGUCCUGUUCAGCCUUCCAAAGAUGCAGUCUCCUGGAUAGGAAGCACACUUGCCCUUGGUGCAAUGCUCGGAGGUGUAUGUGCAGGGCCACUUACCGAUAAAAUGGGAAGAAAAGAUACACUAGUAUUCAACAUAAUUCCCUUUGUUAUUGGAUGGCUUGCUAUAAGUUUCUCCAAAGGCAUUGUUCUAAUUAUUUUCGGAAGAUUUGUAUGUGGCUUUUCAUGUGGGAUUGUAUCUGUAACAGUUCCUAUGUACUGUGUUGAAAUUUCAACGCCUGAUGUGAGAGGACUGCUGGGCUCAGCCUUUCAAGGUUUUCUUGUCAUUGGUAAUCUUAUUAGUGUUAUUGUAGGAUCUUACACAACAUGGGAAUAUCUUGCUCUGUUUGGUGCUGCCAUUGCUACUAUGAGUUUAAUUUGCUUCUGUCGUAUGCCAGAGACUCCUAGAUGGUUACUGGCGAAGGGUAAGUUAGAUCAAGCAAUUCUUGUUAUGCAGUACCUUCAAGGAAGUCAUACAGAUGCUGAAGAAGAAUGUACUGCUAUUUACAAAGAUUUGGAAUUCCAGCGUAAAGGAUUAUUAAGCUGGAAGGAAUUUAAGCACCCAACUGUUUAUAAACCGACGGUGAUUUGCUUGCUGCUGAUGUUUUUCCAACAGUUUUCAGGAGCAAAUGCAGUAUUUUUCUAUUCUUCUAUAAUUUUUAAAGUAAGUAAGGACUUCAUGAAGCCAGAGAAUUCCACUAUUGUUUUAGCUACAGUGCAAGUUGUAGCAACAUUAGGAAGCAAUUUUAUUGUGGACAAAGCAGGAAGGAAAUUGUUACUUCUACUUUCAUCAAUAUUUAUGACUCUGAGUCUUAUUGCCCUUGGCCUUUACUAUUAUUUUGCACUAAAUAACCAAGAAUUCGGCACAAAAUUCAGUUGGAUGCCUCUCAUAAGCCUUAUUUCUUUCGUAAUAGCAUUUUCCAUUGGUUAUGGUUCUGUUCCUUGGCUUUUAAUAGCUGAGAUGAUACCUGUAAGAGCCCGCAGUACUGUUGGUGGCUUAGGAACAUUUUUUAAUGGACUGUUUGCUUUCAUUGUAACUAAAACAUUUACACAGCUUGAAGAUCUUAUCCAGACUCACGGAACUUUCUGGACGUACAGCUCUGUAACAGCGUUGAGUUUUUUAGUUAUAUUUUUUAUAUUACCAGAGACGAAAGGAAAGAAACUUGAAGAGAUAAGUAAUAUAUUUCAUAAAUCAAAAGAUAUUGAAAGUGAUAUGCCAAUUUCAGUGAUUUCAAAAUAAAUUAUUUUCCUCUACACUUUUGGUUUGACAAUAAAUUUAGAAAGAAAGUAUACGGUGAGCAUAAUGUCUUUCCCUGAUUACAAAUAUAUAUUGCACGAAAAUAUUAUGAUUACGAAAAUAUUUUAUGGAAAUGGUACUAUAAGAGUAAUUGAAUUCUUCAUUAACAUUAGUAAAUUAAUGAAUUUUAAAGUCUGCCUUUUUCGUUACUUGGAAAAUUCCCAGUCGAUAUUCCUUUGUAAGGUAUUUUCUCUCUCCUUCCAGCAUCACUACGGUGGCACACUCGGCGCAUAUUUAUUCAAGACGUCCAGGUUGGAGUCGCGGUGAAGUCAAUGCAUAUUUUUCACAUCUCCUGCUUUUAAAAAAAAAAAAAAAAAAAAAAAAAAAAAAAAAAAACUAAUCGCUUUACAAAUGGCGCCUGAACUAACAGGUGGUGGACAAUAAUUCGUCACCACCAGGAUUUGACCAUUGUGUCCCCUGAUUCGCAGUCGCUCUUUGAAAGAGGUAGUAUGACAGAAGCAAUGAGAAAUGUACAAAACUACAAUUAUUCCUGAUUACUGUCUCUAAAAAUGACAGAACAUGAACUAUCUACAAUAUUAGAUUUAUACAUUACCGUGAAGUAAAGAGUGUGUCAUAUAGUGGUCGCGUUGGCCACAUGCAGUACUAAUACUGAUACUCCUUCCAUCACACUCAAACUGCGUGUAGACAUAACUCCAAGUGUUCCAACCCGCAUUUUCGACUGAUUGCCCCGCCAGAAGGAAGGUAAACCACUAUGCCAACUUCAUAAAGAACUAUCGUGUUUUCGAAACAUUUCCAAAAUUCUUAAACUCUGACAAACCUAAUCGUAGAAAUUACUCCGAUCUCCAACAAAAGCUACCCCGAGACUCUUGCCGCCACCCUACAAAAGCCUCGCCAAUGACGCUAAUACAUCUCUAGGAGACUUGCAAGUCCUUGUCAAAUAUAUCAAGAAAUUUGGAAUCAGAGAUCUCGCAGAAAUUACUUUAGAAAAACCUGGUUUCAGAAACAGACUCCACUGUGAAAUCACCAUUGCAUCAUGGAUAACAUGUCAAACUGUACUUCCCCCGAUUUAAUGGUUAUAUGAAAUACAUGCAGUCUAAGAAACAAGCUUGAUGAUUUCAUUCUGGAAAGUGAGACUGACAUUAGUCUGUUCACAGAAAAAUAUGCCACACGAGUAAAAUUAUGAAAAUCAGGAAUAAUGUUCCUAUAGUUGUGACAGGUUUCGGCACACAGCUGGAAGAAUCUUGAUUUAUGUAAAUAAUAAAUUUUCCUCUUGCUUAAUCCACCAGACAACAGCAAAGGUUACUAGAUCAUGGUUGCCUCAGUCACUCUCCCAUACUACGGAGACGUCUUUCUCUUUGCAAUGUACCACCUCAGGCAAUAUUGGCUGUUUUUCACAACAUCUUCAAGAAACCCCCGUUAAAAGCAAAGGUCUCUCAAAUCACUUUGAUAUCGAUAAAACGAUUGAUGAGCUACCACUGAGUUACCCUUUUCUUAAACGACGCUUAUCAUUAAGCCCCCAACAUUGUGAUUGCAAAGGACUCUUUCAGAAUGCUCACCAAAAAUAUAACGCAUUUCGUUACAAUAAGAAAUCGCCUGAGUAGGAUUAUAAGGAAUUUCUUCCGCCUCCUUAGCAUGCCUUCGUGGUGUAGUGGUAGUACAAUCGGUGCGUAUUCGAGAGGUCCAUGUUCGAGUCCCGGCUAGGGCAUUGCACAUUUUUCAGAUCUCCUGCUUCAAAAUAACCUAAUGGCUCUACACCACUGCUCAUUACGUGUUUUUUUGACAUUUGCUUUGUAACACUUGACGCAACAUCUAUUUAUUAAUCUGGCCUUCAGUGUGUUCAUAUCAUGUUUCUUUUUCUUUUAUCGUCGUCAUUUUAUUAACUGUGUAGAGAUAUUAGGUAUAUUUUUGGAAGAAGGCAAGAUGAAAAAUGAGCAAUCGCCUUCGCCGGGAAUCGAAGGACGGACCUCUGAAAUACCGGCCAGAACCACUACACCACGAAGGCGGGAGAAAUACCUUACAACUGUUUCUUAGCCGCAUUUACAGCAAGGUAAAAAAUAAAAGAAAAGCAUAAGAGAGCGACUAUAUAAUGAUAAAAAUUUUAAUUUUCUAUCUUCCGUGGUUAAAACAUUAAAAUAUUUGCGGUCCGGUAAAGACAUUAUGCUCAGUUUGUGUAUUUUUUAGUGCUUUUGCAACUGUCAUAUAAUCGAAAGGCGUCAGAUCAUAAAUUAAUCCAAAAUUUGACAGUAUCAUUAAAUUUGCGGUUUACGAGACAGUAAAAUUUUUAAGCAAGUCAUUCAUUCUGACAUAUUUAUUAUACAGCUGUAAUGUAUGGUUAUAAAUUUCUGUAGUAUCUGAA